AUGGAGGAAACACAUUCAUCAUCACUUGGGUCAAAAUGCAAUCCUCUCGCCGAAACCGAGGACUCGCAAUCAUACAGUCAGAACGCUCUUCAUAAACUAAAUCGUCUACGCACAAAUUUCGAAUCGCGAAAGCAGAUAAUUGGACUUGAAGACCGGACUUUCCUCUUAGAGCAAAUGGUAGAGUGGUUCGGGGAAAUUGGAUACAGUCCGGCUGACUUCGACGUGUUAAACGCCAUCCAUAUUGCUGGGUCCAAAGGCAAGGGUUCUACCGCAGCAUUCAUCUUCUCGAUAUUGUCCGAAUAUUUAACCGAAAAAUAUGUCUCCGGGGAACAAACUCCUGGUUCGCUAAACAAAAUUGGUCUCUAUACGUCACCGCACAUGCGCAGCGUGCGGGAACGGAUCCGGAUUCGAGAGUCACGGGCGACAGACUUUAUGGAUACUCCUCUCGAUGAAAAGAGAUUUGCGCAGUAUCUAUCGGAGCUAUGGGAUCGAUUAGGGAUAGAUAACCGACCGUCGUCCCAGAGUCCACCAUUUGCCAAAUUCCUCACGCUGAUGGGUCUCCAUACCUUUAUUCAGGAGAAAGUCGAUACGGCCGUGGUGGAGGUGUGCAUCGGGGGACGCUAUGACUCAACCAAUAUCUUCCGCCAGCCCAGUGUCUGCGCCAUCACUAGCUUGGGACUCGAACAUACCGAUAUACUGGGUUCUACGAUCGAGGAAAUUGCUUGGGCUAAAGGUGGCAUUAUGAAAGCAGGGAUUCCUGUGUUUACCGCGCCACAGGAACCCGGAGCUAUGGCCGUCCUGGAGGAUUUAGCGCGGAAAGAAGGUGCAGAUCUACAGGUAAUCACCACCCAUCCAGACCUUGAUUGCAUUGAACUUGGUCUUCCGGGAGACUUUCAGCGAAUCAAUGCUAGUCUAGCCAUAGCCGUAGCCGCAAAACAUCUCUCCCGUAUGGGCUACUAUGAUAUCUCGGAAACUGCAAUAUUUAUGCAAUCCCCAUUACCCGAGAAAUUCCGCCGGGGUCUUGAAAAUGCACGAUGGCCAGGACGAUGUGAGACGCGUCAGCAUCAGGGUAUCUGUUGGCUACUUGAUGGAGCCCAUACUAUGGAAAGUAUAGGGGUUUUGGGGGCGUGGGCUGCCAAACAAAUGAGGGUGCAGCAUCAGGCCCGACGUGUUCUUAUUUUUAACCAACAGACAAAAGAUGCAACGGCACUUCUUCGACAUCUUUGGCAGAUAAUGGAAUUGGCGUUAUCGCAAUGGCCGCAUGGCGUCGAGACCAUCUUCCACAGCGCCAUCUUCUGCACGAAUAUCCUCUGGGAACAACGUGAUGCUCCGGAUCUCGAACGCGCUUCCAUGAUGUAUUCCGGAGGUGAGGUCGAGGAUCUCGUGCUGCAGCGUGAGUUGGCGAUGUGUUGGUCGAGGAUUAGUAAGGGGGUGUCGGCAGUGACGGUGGUGAGGACGGUGGAAGAGGCGGUGAGAUGUGUGGUUGAUGGGUAUGGUAAUGGUAAUGGUAAUAGUGAUAAUGGUUGUAGGGGUACGGGUAGGGAUGAAGAACAUGUUGAUGCCGUGGUCUUGAUUACUGGGAGUCUUCAUUUGGUGGGGAGUGCGAUGGAAUUCUUGGAUACGCUUGUUUGA